AUGGCGGAGUAUUGGGGGAUUUAUGAAGGCAUAUCUCUAGCUCUUCGUAAUGGUCAUAGGAGAGUGGUAGCGCAUUCGGACUCUAAGGUUGCAGUGGAAUCUAUCCUCCAUAACAACCCUCGUUCUAAAGGGGUGGUUAGCCUGGUGAAUCGUAUUCGGAGUCUGAUUGGAGAAUUUGAAGAGUUCAAGCUUGUGCAUGAGUAUAGAGAAUCAAAUAAGUGUGCCCACCUGUUAGCUAUUGCAGGUACGAGGAUGAGUGGGAAUUUUACUAUCCAUCAAAGUAUACCUGCUUUUUUAAGUAAGGCCUUAGAUAGUGAUAUUAGAGGGGUUUCUACUUCUAGGGUUUUGGUUGUUUAG